AUGCAUCCCACAAGCGUAAGACGCCGUUCAUCCAGCCAUCUAUCCACGUCCAACAAAUCUAACAUCACCCAGUUCCUCGCCCUUCUUCCCCUCCUCACACAUACACCACUCGUCUCGGCCCUGACAACCGCCCGCCUCUGGGCCCAAUUCUACCCCCGGUGCCCGUCCACCCCAUCCUACCCCUUCGACGGCCACAAGCUACACGAGGAAUACAUUUCCGCCGUGAACAUCUACCCGGAUACCUGCGCCAGCGUCUUCGUCCCGCUCUCCUACGCCCCGGAAGUAACGCACCUCUCCAUCGCCGCAGAGCUCGCCGAGCCCGGGACCAAAUGCACCAUUGCCGUGCAUGAGGUGCCGGGGUGCGUGGACCAGCCGCUGAUCGAGGAGGAGGUGCGUCGGGGCGUCGGACUCAGCGCGUGCAAGGCGCGGAACUUCAUCUCGUAUAACCAGGUCUGGGUGAAGAUGGAGUGUGUGGAGGACAACGACGAGGAGGAGAGUGAGAGUGAUAGUCAGGAGCAGCCGGUGCCGUCGCGGAGACCGGUGCAUCACGAUGGGUUGCACCUGCUUGCUAACAAGACGAUGGCGGUGGCGAACCAGACGGCUCCUUCUGCGAAUCAGACGAUUGCGGGUUACGGUGGUCGUGGGAACCUGCUGCGAAGGGUUUUGCGGAACCGGUCAUAA